AAGGAGCAGGGAGUCGGAGUGGGCCAGCAGAGGCAGCAGACAGGGGGGUCAGAGCAGCCCAGAAAAGUCGGCGGUCUGCACGGAGAGGACCAAGAAGGGGAUAAAAAUCACAGACGCACGAAGAAGAAAAUAUCGAGUUUAGGGUGGUAGGAUCGGUGACCCCCCCGCCCCCCCCUAGGUUUAGAGAAAAGACACAAGCUGGGAGCAUAAAAAGAAGAAGAAGUAAGAAGAAGUAGGCAGGGUGGGACGGAAUAAUCCAGGAAGUGUGGAGGCCGGUCAGGUGGGAGGCGACGACUCUGCGCAGGUGACACACCGGCUCUCAGGUGUAUGACCUCUGCUGACCUCUGGGCAAAGAAACAAAAGAGGAGGAGGGGCGAGCGAGAGGCAGAAGACAGCAGGCCCAUCUUCUCCUGGGUUUAUGGACUGGAGGUGGCAAUGUCUCCAGGAGAGGACGGUCUGAUUGGGAUCCCCUUCCCGGAGCACAGCAAUGAGCUCUUGUCCCACCUGAAUGACCAGAGGAGAGCAGGGCUCCUGUGUGACCUCACUCUAACGUCACGCGGUGCACGUUAUCCGACUCACCGCUCCGUAAUGGCCGCCGUCAGCCUCUACUUUCGCCAGCUGUUCGGGGCAGAGGAGGGGGGCGGCGAGGGCGGGGGAGGUUUCAGUGUGUGCCAGCUGGACUGCGUGGCCCCCGACGCCCUGGACGCCCUGCUGGAGUUCGCAUACACUGCCACCUUGACCAUCCCCAGUUCUGGAAUGAGAGAUGUGUUGCGAGGGGCUCAGCUUCUGGGCAUCCAGUGUGUGGCUGAUGCAUGCAGGGACAUCCUGGGGGAGACGGCGGAGGCAGAGGGGGAGACGGCAGAGGAGCAGAGAGCCCCACACACAGCCACUGAGGGGACUGCACAGGGAGAGAUCGGGAUAAUGAAAGGGUCUCGAAGAAAAACAGACAAAAAGAAGGUGAAAAAAGUGGGGUCGCAUCACACCAACUCUUCUGUUUUGAACCCUCCAUCUGCUUCUCCCGUCUCGCAGCCUUCUCCUGCAUCCGACAGCUUCCACUCCCUGCCAUCUACCCAACCACCCAGCCCAGAACAGGAGGAGCUUCACCACAAAUCUGGACAGAACGGAGAUCCCAGUGUGAUGAUCAGAGAGUCAGGGAGAGGAGCCAAAGCAAACGGAGGGCUCCUCCACUGGCUCCAUGAGCGCCCCCGUAUAGCUCACCCACCUCCUGUCCCACCCUUGCAUGACAAGCUGUCAGAGGAUGAUGACAUGGAGAGUUUUGGUGACGAUGGUAUGCUGAUGGGAAGCACUUCCAUACCUACCUCUGUAGCUGAUCAGGGAGUACCGCCAUCAGCAGCGGGAGGUGGGAGGAAGAGGAAGUCUCAGACGCCCCAGCAGUGUCCUGUUUGUCAGAAGAUCAUCCAUGGUGCGGGAAAACUGCCCCGACACAUGAGGACACACACUGGAGAGAAGCCCUUCCAGUGCUCUGCCUGCGGAGUCCGUUUCACCCGGAAUGAUAAAUUGAAGAUCCACAUGAGGAAACACACAGGCGAGCGCCCCUACCCUUGCCCACACUGUCCUGCCCGGUUUCUCCACUCGUAUGACCUCAAAAACCACCUGUCCCUCCACAGCGGGGCGAGGCCCUUUGAGUGCCCGCUCUGCCACAAGGCAUUCGCCCGAGAGGACCACCUCCAGCGUCACCGCAAGGGACACAGCUGCCUGGAGCUCCGCACACGCCGGCCCCGACGUGGGCCUGAGCAUGGGGAGGAUCUGAGAGGGGAUGGGAGAGGGAGGGAGCAGUCCAACCCCCUGGAGGCUCUGUCUUUACAGGCUCACUCCUCUGUGUUCCUCCCUCCCACGAUGCUGGAUGGUGGGAGCGGGACCGGCCCUCCACUGAUGUUUCCAGGUGAUGUUGAGAGGGAGCGGUCGCUCGCCCUUCAGGCUUUGGCUCAUCUCGGGCCUCGCAGGCUGGCCAGCUACCCCGAGUUCUUCCUUCGAGGUCUGGAGCUGCGAGGGGACAGAGAGGCAGAGGGAGAAGAUCCAGGAGGAACCCACUCGCCGGCUCCACAGCGUGACCGAUGGCCAGACGAAGUGGAAGAGGAAAUUGGAGAGGAGGAAGCAGAGGAAGAGGAAUAGUGAAGUGUGUGUGUGUGUGUGAGAGAGAGAGUGUGUGUGGUAAAGCAUCCACAGUAAAAAAAAAAAAAAAAAAAAGAAAAAAUCUCACUCAGGUGGCUGGACUAAUGACCUGCUGCUCCCAUACAGAGAGCGCUUAAAAAAAAGAAACAACUAAAUGAUAAAAAAAGAAAAAAUGGAAAACGGGUUUACUCAGAUAUUUUAAAUGUUUGUCUUCUGGCUCUUGGCAUUUAAUUUCAUUUGUCUUUUGACUUUUACUUCUCAUUUGCUGUUUAUUUUUAAGUAUUUCAGGUUUGAGCUUUUUGAAUUUAUUUGAUUUUAUUUUUUUCAAGCUGGACUGUUGAGUGUGUGGUUACCAGGAUGCUUGUCACUAUGCAAACUAAAAAUCCAGAGCUGCGACUUAUAGGGAUAUUUGAAGAUGUAUAUUUUCAGUACAACAUAAAUAUAUUGAUUCAGGUGCAAUUCAGAAAUCAUAUUACCUAGAUCACAAGAAUGAGCUUGUGUGGCCACUGUCAUCUGGUGGUUAUCAGCGGAAAUGCAGUCUAAUCAAUCCGACUUGUUCUGUACAUUCUCAGCAAUAACGCUCUUUUGUCUUUUCUUGUUUGUGUGUUAGAAUCUUUGCUUUGAUUUGGUGCUUAAACCAAAGACUUUAGUUGAACUGUUUUCUUAAAUCUUAAGUUAACAGGAGAGGAGAGAGGUGAAUUGUAGCCAAUGUUGGGUUUUGAAGAGAAGACUCUUCCCAACUGUUUUGAUAGCCAUGAGAAAGAAUCUGUUUCCAUAUUUGAGUGUUCCAGAGCCGUAGAGCUCUGUGUUAAAUGCCUGACCAAAAGAGACAAAGUCUGGGUCGCUGAGUUGAUGUUGAUUAUGUUGAAGACAAUUCUUCUUUUCCCAAAGACUGUGGAUUUCAGUCUUCCAAUGCACUCGUUUGGGUUUUUUGUUUGAAAAAAAAAAAGAGAGAGAGAGAGAGAAAAGGGGCAAUUUGAGGGGAUUAAUGAAGUGACUUGCCCCCUUUUUUUUCUGUACUUAUUUAUUUAUUGUUAUUUAUUAUGACUCUUCUGCUGAAACUCUCUUGAGAGACCAAAUCCAGGGUGGGGCACAGAUCAUAGUCCACUUCUAGUCUAUGAGUCUAAUAAGAAGCAGCGCUGCGCUUAAAACUGAAACAUCUCCAUGUACCCAAACGCCUUUUACGGGCUGAGUGUCUUCUUUUGGUGAUUCUUCCUCGAAUGCAUUCUUUGCACAUUUAACCCCGUCAGGUACUGCAAUAAUUACAGGCACAUUCCAUCCUCCGGGGCUGAGAGAAGGGAACAGGAUAAAGAAGAAGUCAGGAGGAGGGUUUAAAACCUUCGAUGUAACUGGAACACAAAAUGACUUUGCUGUUUGAUAUUUUCAGCAUGCUUCUCUGUUGUUAAUUCAACAUGUAUAGUACUGUAUCACAUGUUAAUGCAUGGCAGUUCUUAUAGAUCGGCCACCGCUGUUUCUAAAGGGGCCAUUAUCUUUUGAGUUAAUCUAUCUUUGACCAAAAACCUUUUUAGCUUCAUGCUUCCCCUGGACCAGUGCAUUAAGGCCUUUUGCAGGGUGCAAUGCAAUCAUUACUGGCUUUAAGUGACAGCAGCUGUCGUUUUAUUUCCAGUUCUCUUAAAACCCAUGUAUUCAGUGUAGCAGUUGCGCUGGUCUGGCCUUGUGUGCACUAUCCCCUCCUUGUAGUGUAGUAAAUCUUUUUUUUUUUCUUUUUUUAAUUUCCGUUUUAUUUGCACUAUGAUAUAUGAGAGCUUCAAGCCUUUUUGUCUGACCUUUAAUAUCUCGUCCAUCAACUCACUCGGUAUGAAUUAAGAUUGUGAUUGAAAUUGACUAUACUUCUUUCAGACCCACAUACGUUGAAUACUCUUCCUCCUGCAUAAUGUACAGAGUUAUAGUCAAUAUAAUAUAUUGGGAUGAAGUUGCCUUAGAUUUUUUUGUGCUGCAACUAUUCUCAGGAAACCUUGAGCAAUGCACUAAGUGAUUAUACAAAAUAUAAAAUGGGAAGAAGCCGUUUGGUGCUGUUGGGUGACUGACACGCUUCAUGUAGGGGUAAGGCCAGUAGUUUAAAAAAAAAAAAAAAGAGAGAGAGAGAUUUUGUAAUGUACAUUUGACAUUUGAAAACCAAAUGAAUUGAACCUACUGUAAGAUAAAAACAAAAAAAGGGAGAUACUGGAGUCGAAAGUAAACUACUGGUCUCGCUAGAACCAGUCCUGCUGGUAUGGCAGUGUGGCAGUUGGUCCUACUCAUGAAGGGCGUUGGUGUUCCCAGUCAGAGAGCUUUGUGAAUGAAUGAGGGUUAACUGAUGCCAGCUGUGAAGUGUGUGUUUCUAUGUGAGCUGUUUGUUUUCUUGGCUUUGGUGAAGGGACAUGGGGUCCGGUCUGAGCAGAGACCCCGUUAUCAGGGAUACAUUUUUGUCUUUCAGUUUUUAGUGGAACCUUCUGUUUCGGUUAAUGUAAAGAAAAUAAAUAAAGAUCUCUAAGCUUGC